GAGGAUGACUUUGAUUAAAUUAGAAAUGUGUAUUGGUUUCCUAAUUCGGACGCCCUACUAAUUGUUAGGGUUAUCUUUAGUAUUUUUUCAGUUGGUUAAAAGUUGACAUCUUGCCGGGAAGUUCGGGAACAAGGGUCACCGAGAUCUGUCCGUAAUGGCGGGGAGAAAGAUUAAUCUGGUGUAAAGUAAAAGAACUAGGCUUCGAUAUGCAAUUUGGGUCUGUUAAACUUUUAUCGAAUAAGCAAUUCGUCACCUGAUUUGCCUCCUAACCAACUUCGAAUACUGCAUUUUUUAGAUUGAAACAGGAUUGAAGCUUAUUGAAUCAAUUGCACGGUGUGUAUAAUAGUGACAACUUCUGGAAGUUUGUUCAUGCUAUUGUACACCCAUGCGAAGGAGAGAUUGAAUACUUUCAAUCUUAGAUUUUGUUGUUUUAUUCAUGAUAAAUCCCCAAAUUUGGAAAUCAGCUAGAUCUGGUGUAAGCUUAGACUGAUUUGCUACUGGAUGAAACAAUAUAAAAAGGUAGCUCUCAGAUUAUAUUUAAGUCACAAACAUCAAACUAAGUCUGCAUUCAGAAGUUUCUUGGUAGGGGGAGCUAUAGGCUUAUGGGAAUCCUUUGUAGGGGGAAAGGAUGUUGUCAAAAUCAAGAAACACAGACAGAACCUAUUUCAAGAAAGUCAACGGAAAAGAAUUCAAGUAAAGUAGUGUAUAUCAUGGCCAGUGGAAGAAAUGGAAGGAUAUUGGAGAUGGGUACAUUGGCAUUUCAUGCUCAGAAUGUAGACUCAGAUAUUUACCUUUCAUUGGGGCUUACAGAAUUGAGAAAAGGCUUUCUGGGAAGUCCACGGGUUUUAUCACUUCUCUCCUCACUGCUUGAGAGAUCUGUUCAAAAAAAUGAGUUGCUAUUGGAGAUGUCACAAAUUAAAGAUGUUGUUACAAUAUUCCAUGGUCAGAGAGCACCUACUCUGAGCAUCCGGCACUAUAUUGAUCGAAUCUUCAAGUACUCUGCUUGCAGCCCUUCCUGCUUUGUUGUUGCACAUAUCUAUAUCGAUAGAUUCCUCCAGUGUACAGAGGUUCAUUUAACAUCCCUAAAUGUUCACCGGCUUCUGAUAAUAAGUAUUAUGCUCGCAGCAAAGUUUAUUGAUGACGCAUUCUUCAACAAUGCCUAUUAUGCCAAAGUGGGAGGAGUAAGCACUGCAGAGUUGAACAGGUUGGAGAUGAAGUUUUUGUUCAGUAUAGAUUUUAGACUCCAAGUGACAUCGGAGACUUUUGGAAGAUAUUGUGCGCUAUUGGAAAGGGAAACUGCAGAAGUGCUCCAAAUUGAACGGCCUUUUCAAGCCUGUAGAAUUAAAGAGAGUUGGUCAAACAAAGAUGAUUCAAAUUGUGCUUCCACAGUUGCACGGUGAAAAUAUGGAAUUAUGCACCAUGUCUGAGUAUAAACCAAAUUUCUGAAACACAAUCAAAUUAGAAAGCAUGCUUGUCGAACAUGACCAAUCGUGUUAGGGACACCAUGUUUGUUUGAUUACCGUCUUUCAAAUGUUGUAAUUGGGUACAGAUUGAAAUAGGUUUUUUCAUAGUUCUAUUCAUCCUGUGCUUUUUCUCAAAGCACCAACUUCUUGUGGUUUAUCCCUUGGGUUCGGGUCUUCAUCAAUGCAGGUGUAAACAUAGAUUUAAGCAAUUCUAUGGUUGAAAGGAGAUUGAUUGCAUUUCUGCUGGAAGCAGCUACUGGUGAGUAAAAUGGAAGCAGCAAAUCUUUUACAUCA